AUGGAGCCUCUCGCAGAGGUAAGACUCUCCACUGACUCCCCCCUCCUCCUGGCUGAUCUGUCAACUCCUGCUAGGCGUCAGUUUGCAUUGGUAACCCAAACAUGUGUGUUGUAGUGUGUCUGGACAUGACUUUGUAACUGAGAAGCUGCAAAGAUGAAAACACUCUGGCUACUUUUACACGGCAGCACUCAACGCCAAGUUCUUUUCAUCGUCAGUAAUUUUUAGUAUUUCUGCAUCGUUUGUUUGCUUUUUUAAAGUGACACAGAAUCACAAACUGUGUUUAGGUGAACAUGAACAAACUCCAACUAUAACCAGACCUGUAAGAACAAUCACAGUCCAAUCUGCUCUGAGCUGAAACCAGACAUUGACACCAAAAUUUGUAAUACAGAAAUGUCGACCUUUUGCAUAAAUCACUGCAUCAGUUCAACUUGGCAUGAGGUGCUAUGUCAUCUGCUGCUGUUAGUCUACUGUGUUUUAUCAAGUCCAGAGUCAGCGCAACCUUAAGUCUACCAGGAGAUUUUAGAGACCUUUACGCUUCCAUCUGCGGAGGAGUUUUAAUGAAGAUACAGAUGCAGGAACUACAGCUCCAAACUACUACCAGCAUAAAUCGCAGUAUAUAAGAAUACACAGUUUUCUUCAUGUUUUCUUGCAAAUCUGCUUUGCUGGUUGAAGUGAUUCCAAUAAGAAACAAUGCAACAAAUAUGGAGAGCUGUUACCAUGUGAUAAAACAAUAAACUCCAGGUGCUUUUGAGGAAAAAAAGUGUGACAAUGAGUUGGGGGAAGUCUCAAGGUCUGUUUUCAGAUAAAUUUGCCUGAGUUAAAAAGCCGCUAAUCGUUCAGUCCAUGGAAUUACAUGAGUAUGAUGUAAAGUUAGAGACAGAAAAAGACCACAUGGUACCUUAAAAAGGUAAAUCACAGAAUAUAAACCACAAAAAGCACAUGUACAAUGUUGUAAAAAAUUAAACAACAGUGAUCACUUUUAUCAAUCAGAAGUUUAAUGAGGUUUAGAGUGAACCUCCAAACAUGAAUGGCCUAAACUGUUGUUGUGCUUUUAUUCCAAGAUCCCAUUAUUUGAGAUGGACGAGGAUGAAGAUGAAGAAGAGGAUGUUCUCUCGAUGAAGAGCAAAGGUACGAAUGAGAAUAUUUGUUAUAUUGAAUGUGAGUAUUUAAUUAGACACCACACAUACCUGUACUUCCACCAUCACGACCUCUGCUACUCCUAGUUUUCUGCAAAGUAUACGAUACACUUAAGUGAUCAUGUUUGUCAGCCGGUGUCUAUAACCAGUCCCUGUUUGUAAUGACUGUUUCGUGACUUAACCUGUUGAUAUUGUUCAGCUUUGAUCUAUUGCCACCAAUCUAUAUCAUGUGUUUUUGAUUUGUAGGUAGCUGCAGAUAUUCAAUACACGCACAUGCAUCUCCUUCAAGCACAGACCCGGACACCUACAUUUAUAUGAACUUUAUGAAGAAUCACUGCUGCUAUGACGCCAUCCCUACCAGCUCCAAACUGGUCAUUUUUGAUACAACCCUGCAGGUAUGACACUUUCAUUUCACAUAUUCUUUUUCUACAACAAGUUGUAAACUAGUUGUACAACAGUCCACAAGCACUCUAGGUCUUUUGGACAGGCUCAAACCUGCAGUUGUAAAAGCAGAGGUAAUCCAAAAUAUACAAAUAAUGCACCAUCUUUAGGAUCUCGUAUCUGGUCGUGAUCUCACAGAGGCCGACAAAAGCUGACCCAAAACUGCUCUAGUGAGAAAAAUUAAGCAGUUUGAGAAAUGAGAGAAAAUGUUUAGAGAGUAUAUAGAAAGCUGUCUAUUGUAGUGACCAUCAGUACCCUAUCGAGGCAGUCAGUAAAAUUUAGAUUUCUCAGGAGCUUUAUAAGGAAUACAGAUGGAAUACAACCUGAUUUACUGAGGGGAUCUGUUUCAACUUGAAACACUGAUAAGCAUAGGUGCUUAAAGAAAAAUGAAAACAAGUCUAAACAGUACAGGGUCUAAAAGGGUCUUCAAAGCAAAUCCAACAUGCAUGAGUUAUAGUUUGUGUUGAAGUUAAUGAGCAGCCGUCUCUUCAUCAGGUAAAGAAGGCUUUCUUCGCUCUGGUGGCCAACGGUGUGAGGGCAGCUCCUCUGUGGGACAACAAGCUGAAAUGUUUCGUAGGUGAGCCAAAAAAAAAAAAUCUCUUUCUUUGUCUGUUUGUCCGUCUUCUUUUACACUUAGACGGAUAUAUUUGAAUUAAAAAAAGUUUUUUUCUUCCAUUUUAAGAAAAAAUUUGGUUGGAAAUACUCACAUAAACAUAGAUGAAAUCAUAAAAAGUUAAAGAAAUCGAUUUAUUGCAUGAGUCUGACUGAAACCAGAUUUAAAAAUACAUGUAAACACAUUAGUCUGUUUGAAAGCCAUUCCUAUUGGUUGCUACUCACUGUUUGAGUGAGGGGAUUGGUCAGGAACCCCCAGCCAUGAAGUACAAUUCAGCUUUAUGUCCCACAAUCAAAACCAUGUAUUUGCAAAGCUGCAUCCUUUCUCUUCAUGCAAGUGGUUCAUGAGUCUACCAUCAAACCUCAGACUGAGUUUCUUUCCUGUCAAAGCAGUCUAUAAAACAGCGUUAUUAAAGUUGACUUCUAAUAAUAUCCCGACUCUGAUAGCGUUUAAUCCUAGUCUGACCUACAUUUGCAGAGUUCUGAAGAUACGUUUUGUCGCUCAGGUCUGAGGGUUCAGCUUUCCUGACUGUAGCUGGGGGUUAAGGUGGUUUCAGAUGCCGGCCCGGUUUCCUGCUAACAUUUAAAGGGAAUAAGGUCAACUACAAGACAUUUAGUGACAUCCAAACCCUGUCACACAGAGCACUGAUCUUCAUUACACUCAGAGCAGGUCCCGAGGUGUUAACUUUCUGUUUGUAAUUGAACCGCAGCAGCCAUAAACAUGAGUGUCAAGUGCAAGUACAGCAGUCUGAGAGCGAUGCAUCCUGCUGAUUACAGACAGAGCUUAAACCCAAAAUCCAAAAAUGAUCUUUUUAGCUUUUGUCUCUCGUACCUUUGUUGUCCUCUUGUGGACCAGGUGUUGCUUGUUUUGUUUGUGGUGGUCUUGGUAUGUGUCUUCUCUCUGCAAAGGGGUAGUUGUUUGUUUUUUACAUUUAUUUUAUGCAUUUUUUGUAUCGUUAUUAAGGAUGCAGUGAGAAUAUGCAGCAUUUGAAACCAAGACAAAUUUACCCAAAGUGACUGAAAGGAUACGUAGCAUAAUGUAUCGAUUUGUAUCGUAUCUAGCUGUAUUGUAUCAUAUUGUAUCGUAUUGAGUUGUAUUGUAUUGCAUCGUAUCGUGUUGUAUUGUAUCGCAUCAUAUCGUGUUUUAUUGUAUCGUAUCGUGUUGUAUUGCAUCGUAUCGCAUCGUGUUGUAUUGUAUUGUAUCGUAUUGUAUUGUAUCAUGUUGUAUCAUAUCGUACUGUAUUGUAUCGUAUCGUAUCAAAUCAUAUCAUAUCGUAUAGUAUCAUUUUGUAUCGUUCCAAAUAAUACUGUAGUGUAACUUACCAUAACGUAUCAUAUUGAAUCAUAUCAUAUAUCGUAUCCAAUCCCAGUGUACUCGUCUGUAUCUCUGAGUGUAUUUCUGCAGGUAUGCUGACCAUCACCGACUUCAUCAACAUUCUCCACCGUUAUUACAAGUCUCCUCUGGUGAGUCCUACUCCUCCAGCUUCCACAUCUACAAAGAACUGCUCUAAAGUCAAGAACUUGUCACACGUCUGAGGUGAUGUCCUCUUGUUUUGCAGGUUCAGAUCUACGAGCUGGAAGAACACAAGAUAGAGACAUGGAGAGGUUUUUGCAGAACAGCAUUUGCUUAAAGGUAUUUCAUUACUUCAAAGCAAAGGUAUGAAGUUGUAAAAAUCAGUGUCUGUGUCUCCUGACAGAGAUCUAUCUGGAGUACUCUGUCAACAGGCUGAUCAGCAUCACCCCAGACUCAAGGUAAAUCUGGACCCAGGGUCAUUUAUGUAAUUAUUUACAGUGAGCACUAAAACAGUCAUAGCUUUGCUGGUUUACCCUUUAUUGUCUCUCUGGUAACACUUUAUAAUAACUAUCCGUUAUAACUAGAUAAUAGAUCAUUAGUAAACUGUUAAUUAAUUAGUUAUUAAUGACUUGUUAUGUGUUUGUUACCUAUUUGUUAAGGAUUUAUACUAAAACCUUAUAGAUAGUUAAUAUAUUGUAUAUAAACACCAGUUAAUUAUUGUAUAUUAUUGUAUACUGUUAGUUAAUGAGUUACAAAUGACUUGUUAACUGUAUGUUAAUCAUUUAUAACUUUAUCUUAUAAAUUAGUAAUAGAUCAUGAACAAGCUAUUAGUAAAUUACUUCCUACUGACUUGUUAAGUAUCAGUUAAUAGUUUAUAUAUGUUAUUGGGAUGUUUUCUAAAGUUGCAACUAUCCCUCAUUUGUUAACCGUUAGUAAUUGAAGAAUAGUUGCAACUAUAAAAAACAUCCCAAUAACAUAUAAACUAUGAAAUGAUACUCAACAAGUCAUUAGUUAUUAAUUUACUAAUAGCUUGUUCAUGGUCUAUUACUAAUCUAUAAGGUAUAGUUAUAAAUCAUUAGUUUACAAAUCGUUUAUAACUCGUUAACCAACAUUUUAUUUAUGAUCUAUUAACUAUCUAGAAUGCAUCUUUAAAAAUCCUUAACAAAAUGUUAAACACUUAACAAGUCAUUAAUAACUCAUUUAUUAACAGUUUACUAAUGAUCUAUUAACUAAUUAUGACAGAUAGUUUUUAUAAAGUGUUACUGUCUUUCAUUUUUUCAUUUAUUCUGUUCUUAUAGUUUCAGUGAUCAUAUAAAUGACAUUUAAUGUUCUGUAUUUGAACAGAAUCUCAGGAGUGUGUAAACUGGCAUCUUUCCUGUCGAUAAACUGCCUCCAAACCAAAAUGUUGAGAUCCAGAGCUGUUUGUUUCGUCCUGAUGUUUUGAAGUUGCUGCCUCAGACUGUUUUAUUUUGUUCAUAAUUUUAGUUUCAUGUCUUUUCAGUCUGUUUGACGCCAUCUACUCCCUGCUGAAGAAUAAGAUCCACCGCCUGCCAGUCAUCGACCCGGCAUCAGGAAACGUCCUCCACAUCCUCACUCACAAACGCAUCCUCAAGUUUCUCCACAUCUUUGUGAGACUUCUUCUCCUCUCGAACACUUUUCAUCAAGUUUGUGUAAUAUUAAUGUAAAUCGUAACAUCAGGGAUUGCAGUCAUCGGUCUGUGAUUAUUUUAACAUUUGUUUUUUCAUUUGUUUGUCGUGCAGGGAUCUAUGAUUCCUAAACCUCGGUUUCUUCAGAGGCGGCUCAACGAGGUGGCGAUCGGCACCUUUAGAGAGAUUGCGACAGUCCAGGAAUCAGCCUCCGUCUAUGACGCUCUGACUAUUUUUGUGGAGAGGAGAGUGUCUGCUCUGCCUGUCGUCAAUGAGCAAGGUGAUCACAACGUUAAAAAAAACACUAUCAAACAAAUUAGGCUAUUUAACUUUAACUGCAGCAAGGAACAAAACAUAUCUAUUUAUUGGAAAGCAUGUGAAGAAACGGAGCCAAACUCUUCAGUCUCAAAGAGAUAGGAAAAAUGUGACCCCAAUUGGUCGGCAUUUCAGUUCCCUACAAGUGAUGAGGAUGAAAUCUGGAGAAAUUUAAAAUACAUACUGAGCAGUAGUGAGGAUGCAAGGAUCUCCAACAUAAACAUCAAAAAUGUAAACUAACCUCUUUGUCUUUGUCGUAAAACACAUACACAAAUUUGCAUCUUCCAGUAUGUUUUGACUGACACCCCUGUGUGUCUCUUCUGUAGGUAAAGUGGUCGCUCUGUACUCCAGGUUUGACGUCAUUGUAAGUACCGACAGUACUGUCAACCGCCGUAAAUACAGAAACAUUAAUCUUUGGAUUUUGUGAUUUGCCGCUGUUGUUUUGUAGUAAAAUGGAUAUAAAUAUUUUGUCUCGUGGUUGAAUUUCCUGUCUCCAUCUCUCAGAACCUGGCGGCCCAGAAGAGCUACAACAAGCUGAACAUGUCGAUGCAUGAAGCCAUCAAGUCCAGAGCGUGCUGUGUGGAGGGAGUCCUCAAAUGUUACCCUUAUGAGACGCUGGAGACCGUCAUCGACCGCAUCGCCAAAGCUGAGGUAAGAAUUACUGACGUGACAGUGAUGUCCCCUUUUUUUCCAUUUAUAGUAAAAAUCACUUUGAUUCAUCCGAUAGUUUUAAGAAAAGUGUAAGUGAUGGUCAAACUCUUCUUGAUUGGCAUGUUGUAUUUCCUGCCAGGUGCAUCGGUUGGUGUUGGUGGACAGAAACGAUGUGGUGAGAGGGAUCGUCUCUCUGUCUGACCUCCUACAAGCCCUGGUUCUCACCCCUGCAGGUAUUGAUGCACUGUGCUCCUAACUCCACCUCCUCCUCUUCACCUCUUGCUUCAUCUCUCAGGUCCUUGAUUCACCUGCAAGUCUGUCUGUCUUCAAACCCUCCCCCUCCUCUUCCUGUGAACAUUCAUGAUCUUACGGACUCUUCUUUCUCUCAGACUAUGACAGUCUUGUUUUUUCCUCUUCCUAACCGUUGAAGUAGUUUCAACCUUUAAGAAUUCACCAAAAGACCUUCAUACUUCCUAGAUAUCUACCUCUGAAUUCUUGUCUUUAACCCUCUUGUGAUCGGUCAACAACCCAAAAUCUUCUUCCUAAAAAUCCACCAACAAGGACUGCAUCAGGAACCCUAUGCUCCUACCGAUGUCUUUGCCUGCCCUCAAAGUCAAGGCAAAUUUUUUGAUCCAUCCUUCAGUCUUCCAGUCGCCUUGUGAUCCUACCUCCAAACCAAGUCGCUCUUGCUCACUCCACCGUCUGCAAAAUCUGACACCAAUCCUCCACGUCCUCUCACCCAAACACAACCCUCUUUCAGCAGUCAGCUACUCUCCUCAUGCUGCAGGUUGCACCCUGGAGCACCUUUUUUAGCCAAAAAUCAAAGGUAGGCGCCACAUCCUAGCUGCCUGUCAGAGCUUGCAUCUUGCACAGAGUUGUUGCUGCAGGUUUUGUCUUUCCGAAAGGAAGUUUUGAAGGAGAAUAUCUCUAAAAAGAUUGAGUGAAGGGCAUGUGGGAGAAAGAAAUCUAUUUCCUUUCCUCUGCAGACUUCUGAUGAUUCCUAUUGAGAGUGAAACUCAUGAUUUGACAUUUGAGUUGUUUGUGUUUUGGAAUUUAUUGGCACAGAAUGAUUCAAAUGAGUUCCUUUAUUGUAUAAAAGAAGAGGAUGCAGCCUACUUCUACCCUUACCUAAACUUCAUCUUUACAAAAUGAACUAAAUGCUGUUUUGAGGGUGGAACUGUGAACAGGGACCAAUAAGGCUGUUAGUGUUUCUUAAGAUUUUAAAAACUAAAACGUCCUCUUUUUUUAUACAAUGCAAGGAUUGGUUUUGUACUGUCACCUCUUCAGCCAUUUGGAUGCUUUUUGUGCUUGAUCAGACACCGUCGCUAGGGUUGAUGCUCAGAGUUCACUUCAGAGUGAUCUUCUAAACCCAGUGCCCUUAUUUAGCAAAGUGGUUUCCAUUAGGUUGUCUGAUGAGGAUCAUGUGAUUUGAGAGAAAAUACUAGUCUUAAAUACAAAAGUGUAUUCACAUGACCAAGAAGCCUGAGUUAUCAUCCCUGACACUUUUUAUUGAAGUAAGUUCACAGACUAAAGUGUUCAAGCUUGGCUUUUUACACUAUUGCAUUAGAUUUUGUGUGUAAAGGACCAGUAUGGGGGACUGUGUGGCAUCAAGUGACAGCUGCAUCCAAUAAAUGCUCACGUCUUACAAACUGGACCUUUGAAAUGGUUGACUUCUGUCUGAAAAGCCUCUUGAUGUAGAAUAGUCUGAGUUUUCAAUUUGCAUUAGGUUGUACCUGAGUUAAAAUACUACAACUCAAAUUCUCAUCCAUGAGAGUGCGUUCCUCUGCUUCUGUUAAUUUUCUCUUUUCAACUCUUUCCAGAUACUUUCAAGAGAUCAACCUAUCAAUAUGGGGACAGCAAGAGGGACAUUGAUGCAAUAAAAUAA